AUGGAAAAAAAAAAAAAUAGUAGAAAAUCUUCUAUACUUAGCGAAAAAUUAAAUUUUAAUAAAUCUUAUUUAGAUUUAAGCAACUAUAGCAAAGUAAAUUAUAUUAAACAAAAUUCAAUUAACAAUACAAGUGAGAUUUGCGAAUUCUUCACUAGCAUAACAAGUAAUCAAAAAGAUUUAAACAAAAGAUAUGAGCAAUUAUUUUCAUUAAUUAAGAAGUUUGGAAAAGAAAUAAAAUAUUUGCUUAACAAAAAUGAUGAAUAUAAUAAUUUACUCAUUGACACAAAUGAAUAUAUAAAAAAAAUAAAAACAAAAUUAAAUAACUCUUCAUAUAAUGAUUUUGAAAAUAUUGAAAUAGAAUUAUGUGAGGAUACAAAUAAUAUUGAUAUAAUAGCAAAAUUAAUUGCUCAUCUUUUCAAAGUAGUUGAUUAUUACAGCAAAAAUUCUUAUGAAUGGAAUAGAAAAAUAGAUGAUUUAAAAAGAGGCAUGGGCAACAAAGAGGCCUAUACGAAUUUAGAAAGAAAAUUAACUUUAAAAAAUGAAGAACUAAAAAAAGAAAUGGUUAAUAAUAUGAGUUCAUUAAAAGAGCAGCAAGAUUUAAAAAUAAAAAUUAAAGAAGAUAGAAAUGUUUACAGAAAGGAUUUACAACAUAUUUAUCAAAAAUUGUUAUAUUUUAUUUUAAAAUUUUUAUUGAGAGAUAAAAAAUAUAAAAUACAAAGGCUUUAUUUCAUUACUUGGUUAAAUGUUGUGAAGAAUAAAAAAGAAGCAACUAAUAGAAUAAUUAAAUCCUUAUGUAAGAAAGAAGAGUAUUUAUUAUCAUAUUGUUUAAAAAAAUUAAAGAAUAAUUGCUAUGAGAUACAUUUAACGGAAAAAAUUGCCUCUAUGCUAGAUAUUUAUAUAAAUGAUAGUAAAGCAAACUAUAGUUGCAUUGAUAAUAUUCAAAAAAGUAACAAGAGCAAUAUAUAUUUAGAUUUAGUUAAUAGUAAUAAAACGAAAAAAAGUAAUUUAUCAAUUAAUUAUGAUAAUUCUAAUAAUAAUAAUAGAACAAAAAAAAGUGAUGCUUCAAUAUAUUAUAGUACUAUUAAUAAUAAUAAAAUAAGAAAAAGUGAUGCAUCAAGUACUUAUAAUGAUUUUGAUAAUAUUAAAAAAAAAAAAAGUGAUAUAACAAAAUUAUGUAAUGAAAAAAAUAAUGAAAAUGAUUAUGAUGUAAAUAAUUCCUUAUUUGAUACUAGAAGUGAAUCAAAUUACAAUGUAGAAAAAGUAUAUGAUAAAUUUCUUUAUCAAAUUAAAGAUAAAGCUGAUAAAAAAAAUGUAGAUAUAUUACAUCAAACUAUAAAAAAGUUAAAUUAUAAAAUAACAGAAAUAAAAAACACAUUAGAAAUGCAAAAGAAGAUAAACGACGAAUUAUUUAAAAGCAUGUCAUUAGAUAAAAAUUCUUUAAAUCACAAAAAUAGCAUAAACAACAAAUUGUCGGAAACAGAUUAUAAUACUUCAGUUGAUAAUAAUGAGUCAUUAAACCUUCUUUCGGAAAAAACCUUAAGUGAGUAUUUAUUAAACAAGAAUACGUCAAGAAAUAUGAGUAAAAAUAAUAAUUUAGACAGAAAAUAUAUUAUAAAAAAAAAUAAUGAAGAUGAUAAAAUGUUUAGACAUGACAGAAAAAAAAACUCGGAUGAUUUAUCAAAAAAGAACAUAAAUGAUAAUAAAGAAAAAUGGAGUUUAAAUAGUGAAUAUUUCAAAAAUAAUUCUACAGAUACAUUAAAUGUUGACAAUAAUUACUUAAAUGAAAGAAAAUUCAAAGAUAACAUAAAUAAUUUAUAUAUACAAAAUGGAAAUAAUAAUAAUAAAAAAGAUGUUAAUGAUAAUAAUUCCCCAUCUAAUAUUAAGCUCAUCUUGAGGACAGGAGGAGGUUUUAGAAAACUAAGCGAGAAUGAUCAAAAAAAUUAUAUAGAAAAAAUAAAUUUCUUGAAUGAUAAUAAUUUAUUAGGUUAUGAAACAAAUUUAAAUAUUAAAAUAAAGGGACCUCCAUUUUUUCAAAAUUUGCCAAACAAUAAUCAAAAGACAUUCAAAAAAGAAAAAAGGCAUAGAUCUCUUUCUAAAUUUUAUAAUAUGCAUUAA